AUUUUUUUUCGUAAACAAGCAGAAAUUCUUCUCUUUUGACAUGGAUGAAACAAUUUUAAAGAAAUUGGAAACAUGUUCAGAAAAUGACGUAAAUGAAGCAUUAGUGGAGUUCAACAAAAAACAUGCUCAGUCUUUUUCGUUUCCUGAGUUGGGUGUCCAGUUGAAAAAACGGUUUGUCACUUUACUAUUCAAACAGAUUUCUAAUUGCAAAACUGGGCAAACCAUAUGUCUGGAAACCAUUCGAAUCUUAAGUCGUGAGAAGUCUCAAAUUGAGGAACUCUUCACGAAACAGAUGAUUGGAGUUUUGGUGAAUUUAGCUGGUCUAAUUGCGGAAGAAGAAGAAAUUCUUAAUCAUUGUACUAGAGUUUCUGACACUAAAGUGGUAGUUGAAGCCCAGAAGUGUUUGUGCAAUUUGAUUUUCAAUAGUUCAUUUGUGCAAAAGACAUGUUGCAAUAAUGGAUGCAUCGAAGGAAUCAUGUUACGUUUAAGAACUUAUAAAGAUCCUGAUUUGCCUAAUGAUGUUAAAUUCUUUGACAUGAGAAUGUUGUUUUUGCUGACAGCUUUGUGUGCUGAAAUAAGGCCUAAAGUAAGGACUCAGCUUCAUGGUUUGACUUAUCUUAUGGAAGUGUUGGACUUAAUACUGAAAGAUAAUGUUGAAAGCAGUUUACAACAAACACAAAGUACUGAAAAUCGACGCAAGUUCAAUAAAAGUAGCAAAAGAGGCAAGAGUAACCAAAAUGAAGUUGAAAGUUGUUUUGCGCCUUGUCUUGUUGAUAAAGAAGUAGAAAUGGCGUGCGAAGUUUUAAAAGUUCUUUUUAAUCUUACUGUGAAUGUUGAUAAAUACAACAUGGAAGAGGAAGAAGAAGCUCAUUAUAUGAGGCUUGUUAGUAUAUUGCACGAUAUCUUGUUGAGUGAUGCCAAAUCAGCAGAGAAAAAGGAAGAUUUGCAGAGCCACACGAUUGAUCUCCUCACGAAUAUGCCAAUGUCUAGUUAUGAAGAACUUUUAACCCCAGUACUGAAAAUAAAUGAUGCUAAGAAAGACAAUAGUUUUGAAUAUGAUGGAAUGAACAUGGAAGCUGUAUGUGUACUUCUUAACUUCUUAGAGAAAAGACUGGAUAAGCCUCAUAAAACAUAUAAGGAAAUCCUGUCUCCUAUUCUCACUACCUUAAGUGAAUGUGCUCGUUCUCAUAGUACUAUAAGAAAGUUUUUGCGCAAGCGAGUUUUACCUCCUUUAAAAGACGUCAUGAACAGACCAGAAGAAGGAAAUACUUUAAGAAAUAGGUUAGUAAAGUUGAUGACAUCUCCUGUUUUUGAUGUUAAGGAACUCGUUGCCGAUUUCUUAUUCGUUCUAUGCAAAGAAAAUGUUGGGAGACUAAUAAAAUACACUGGAUAUGGAAAUGCUGCUGGUUUGCUGGCUAACCGAGGAUUAAUGCUUGGAGGCAAAGGAAGUACUGUGUACUCAAGUGAAUCAGAAGAUAGUGAUACUGAAGAAUACUUACAGUAUAAAGACAAAAUAAAUCCUGUUCUUGGCUGUUAUCAGGAACCUUCGCCUAACCCGAUGGAAGGUAUGACUGAAGAGCAGAAAGAAUAUGAAGCACUGCAAUUAGUGAACAUGAUGGACAAAAUGUCAAGUUGCUCUUUUAUACUCUGUAGAGAUGGUCUAAUUCAACCAAUGAGGGUGGGGGAGGAUGGUAAACCACAUGCUGUCAGUCAUAUCCUGGAGUUCCAAGAAAAAGGAGCAGCAAAAGCUUCUGCGCCAGGAGACUCCGAUUCAGAUUAGGAGCCAGUCUAGGAGAGAAAGCUCUGAAAAAAGUAUUUUACUCUCUGCAGACGCUCACCAAAUCAAUUCCGUGUCCUCAUCUUUUGUGAUUUGUUUUAAUGUGAGUACAUUUUUUCAGUGUGCAAAUUGUUCGAAUUGUGUAAAGUCUUGCUGCAUGUGAUUACUAAACAUGGUUUACCUUGGAAGAUAAUUUUCUUUAAAAGGUAUCAUUUAUUUGCAUUUGGUAUCAUUUUAUUUGUUUAUUUAAUCAUGAAAAUAUUACAGCAAAUUGGGAACACUAUUUGUAAAAUAAAUUUCUUGUCAUACAUGCAUUCGUGAAUAGAGAAUUUUGUGUACAUGGGACAAAUCUAUAAAUAUGUAUAGCUGUAUUCUGUUUAUUUAUAUGACAGUGCAUAUGUCGCAUUUAAUGUAUAUACAUGUGUAUCUAUAAAAUAUGCAAAUAUAUGCACUUUCCUUUUAAUAUAAUAUGCAUUGAAAACAAAUCACCCAUAUUGAGAUGUGAAAAAAAUUUACUUUUGAAAUUUUGGUACAACAUUUAACAGAUAAUGUGUUGUACAUUAUAUGGUAUCUUUUUAGCUAAUUUUUUGAUAAAACUAGUUAAUGCAUAUAUUAUUAUCAUAACCACUGAGAAUUCGCUUUCCAAACACUGAGACAGAUGCUUAGUAUCUUCAGUGAGGAAAGCUUUUAUUUUAUGAA